AUGCUAGCGCAACCAAAAACCGUGGAAGAACAUUUCAAACUUAUUAUGACUGAUGGUAGCUACAUCGAUACUGCCAAUAAGAAAGUCAAUUUUAACGAUCUACCCGAUUGGUUCGACGAAGAAUUAUUUAAGAAAGGACAAGAAUAUUACCAAAGAUACUUAUUAGGAUUCAAUGCGUCAUACUUAGCCGGCCUAAUCGCAGUAUUUCUAGUCCCUACCAUCGCAAAGCUCUUAGAAUAUACAAAACAAAGCUCAGUUCCUUGCACGGCCUUCAGAAGAUAUUUGCAAACAACAUUACACUUAUUUUUUAUACACACAAGUGACGUCAUGGAUUCCAAAUCAAAAUUCUACAAGUCCGUCAACGUGAUUCGUUGGAAGCAUUCUAUGAACAGCAAACGAGCCAUAGACAACGGGUUAACUGGAAUUUCGCAAAGGGACAUGGUUCUCACGCAAUUUGGUUUCGUGGGUUACGUUCUUACACAUCCCGAAGUCAUGGGUCUUUCUGACACCACUGAAGAGAGACAAGCAAUCAACCAUCUGUGGCGAGUUGUUGGUCACCUUCUUGGCAUACCUGAGAGAUUGAACCUGUGCCGUAGAAAUGAAUAUGAGACGACCCUUUUAUGCAAUAUGCUGUUGGAUGCAGUGUACAUAAAGAACUUGAAGGAACCCACCAAGGAAUUUCAUAUCUUGACUAUCGCUGCCGUGAAAGGAAUCGGUUCUAUCGAUCCUCUGGUAGAUUUAGACGCAUUUUUGUCUUUCUUUUACGAAAUAAACGGUAUCAAAUAUGAAAAGAAGAUAAGUGCUUUCAGUCGAUUCAACUACUCAUUUAGGAAGGCCAAUUUCUAUGUGAUAGGUCUACCUCUUAUCGGCGAUUGUGUUAGGAUUUACUGGAAUCUGUACCUUCGAGGUCUCUACUGGCUGUAUCAAAAAUUUCCCAUUUUCGGCUAUCUCCGAUACGGAAAACAAGGAUUAAAAAUUUUACUGUACCCGCAUGGCUCUUUCUGA